AUGAUACAAAAGGUAGUGACUAAGAUGGUAGGCCUGGUGCUGGUGGCAGGCGUGGUCGCCCUGGUUUCAGGCGAUAUCAGUCACCAUGUUAAGAGUUCUCUGCACCACCCACUACAUCACCAUGCUGCUCCAAAACAUCAUGUAGCCCCUGUACACCAUGCUGCCCCUGUACAUCAUGCUUCUCCUGUACAUCAUGCUGCCCCUGUACACCAUGCUGCCCCUGUACACCAUGCUGCUCCUGUGCAUCACGGAAAGGGAUAUGCUCCUGCUUACCCUGAUAAGCCUCCACACUACGCCUAUGAGUACGCUGUCAACGACGACUACGCCGGCACCCACUUCGGCCACUCGGAGGCUCGCGACGGCUACAACACGGAGGGCAAGUACUUCGUGCACCUCCCCGACGGCCGCGUCCAGACCGUCACUUACUACACCGACGAGACUGGCUACCACCCCACCGUCUCCUACGAGGGAACGGCCCACUACGACGCCCACGCAGCUGUCCCUCACCACACCCCUGUCAAGGCUUACCACGCCCCCGAGCCAGCAUAUCACGCCCCUGAACCA